UGAAAAUCGUAUAAUGAUCGAACGACUUUACCUAGGUUGUUUAUGCAAAUCUUAUAAUUCAAUCUCAGUCGAUUAUAUGAAUAAAAUACAAUGAAUGUAUGGUGUAACCAACCAAAUAAAACCAAUAUACGAGCGAGAUGGGAAGUUUUUAAUGGCCAAUCAAUAACCUUAAAGCAUAUAAUAUGGCCAAACCGAAAUUUGAAUGGAAGCUAGCUAAUGGCUGGUAGUGCAAUUUAAACUCUACAUGCUCAACCCGUGAUUCCCAAUCGUGUCUUUUAUCUGUCUCUAUCAAUAAGUUUAAAUUUGCAGCUGUUUGACAUGUUUAUACAACAUUCUGACUGAGUGAUGGAUGUUUAUUUUCAUGAUUGCAUCCACUCGUGUCCAUGUUUUUUUGUAAUCACAGCAGCAUUCGUUAAUAAUGGCUCACAAGCUCAAUAAUCAAUCUAUCUUCCUCCUUGAUUCAAAAGCCAAAGUGAGGAUAAUCAUAAAAACACUGGAUCCGUAUUCAUUGACUUCAGUAUUAAUAAAUAACCCAUAAAAUACAAUAACAGUGAUCUAUACACGAAUUAUUACAGAAAAAUAUUGUGCCAAAAGGCAAAAACAAAUUCAGACAAAAUAUUAAUUUCCAUAUAUAGUAGUAGUUUUAUAUGGUUAUUAGUUGACCUAAAUACGAAGAUAAUACUAAGUAUUCAGUUAAUCAAUCCACCUUCAUUUUUUUUUAUUUUUGUCAUCAAACAUCUAUUCAACUUAAAUAGAAGCUAUCAAUUUUUAUUUGCCUUUUAUAAACGAAGAUAAGUUAUAUAAUACUAUAAUCCAUAUGGCCAUCAAAUUUUUUUCUCUUAAUAAUACUAGUGUCACGGUAGUCUUCAGCGCAUUUCUUAUAGAAUUUAGCAUCUGCCGCUCUUAUUAUCCUUUCUCUUUUUAGAUCUAAACGAAAAUACGUUCCAAUCCAAAGCAAAUUUCUAUAUUAUAUAUAUUCUGGUUAAGGGCAUUUAAAGAAAAUCUAUAAAUGUAAGAAUAGUAAAAUAUUAACAAAGAGAUAGUGAUCCGAAAAGCAAGCAUAUGCUCCAUUUUCACACACCGUGAUUAAUGGACACACCCACACACCCACACACAGUCAUCUCCAUGUGUUACACAUACAUAUACUCACAAUGGCAAAGAUGUGUGAACUUGUUUAUUUUAGCUGAACUUUGAACCCUUUCUAAUUUCACUUUGGUCCACUUCAGUCCAUCGUUUAUCCACCUUCCCAAGUAAGCCCCGCUACUUUUUAAAAAGUCAAAAAGAACCCCAACCGUCUCUCCCUUUUAUAUACACACACACCACUCGAACGACUUUACCUUCCCCAAACCAACAAGAACUCUCUUCUCUUUGUUCGAACGCAUGACAAUGGAUUGGUUCUCAUGGCUAUCGAGAACGAACCUCGAAGAUUCGCUCAUCUACGAGUACGGUCUCUCCUUCUCCCACAACGAGCUCGAAUACGAAGACAUUUCUUACUUCAACCACGAGUUUCUCCAGAGCAUGGGUAUCUCCAUCGCCAAGCACCGCCUCGAGAUCCUCAAGCUCGCUCGGAGGGAUAAGAAACCGUCUCCGCUCACGGCUCGUUCGAUUUCGAGAGUCUUGGUCGCGAUUAGGAAGACAGGGAAGUGCUUCUCCGAGUACGUUAGGGCGUGGAUCCGACGCGAGGAGUCGUCUCGGGCUCUGGUGGUUGUGCCGAGAAGCAGCGGGAACGGGAGGUGGAAAGGCGCUUUGAUGAAGAGGAACAAAAGGUCCGUGACGCCGAGCAGUGGAGUCAAGGAAGAGAGACUUCUGCUGACGAAUGGGACUCCGUGUAGGCUCGAGAGCUUCUCGAGUUCCACGGUUUUGGAUUACGGUUUGAAAGAGGAGAAAGGUUGUGACGUGGAGGAAGAGAUUAAGUGGGAUUCAAUGUUUCAAAAUCUGAAACCCACUUGAAGUUUGAUGAUGAUGAUGGAUCAGGUAGAUGGUGACUUUUAGAGUUCUUCCACCAACACAUGUAUUUGUUUAGCUUUCUUGUUUCCGAGUGUGUGUGUGUGUGUUUAUUGAUUAGAUUUAGAAUAUUUAAUUAUGUCUUGUUUAGAAUCAUAUCCAUCUUUUGCUUAUGAGAAAAGACCAAACAGAGGAAACUCUGUUUUUCUCUCUCAUUUCUAUUACAUGACUCGUUUCUGAUUA